AUGCCUCAUAUUUGGCUGCAAUUCGCGUCAAUUAGUUUAGAAGAGGGUAGCUAUGAUUUAGGAUUGAACAACUUUGAGUUUAUACGAUGUCCUGGAUACGUACCAUCAGAACAUUAUAUCCAGCAAUUCGUAUACCUGGCCUUAGCUCGAAGACCUACGCAGGAAGAAACAGAAAGACUGGUGAAUAGGAAGUUACGUGGUAGAUCAUCAAAGAAGAAGUCAGCAAAUGAAUUUGAGAAGAGAGAUCACUCAAGUCUAACAGACGAGAAGAUGGCGAAGUCUGCACUAAAGUUGUUACACAGAUUGCUAGAAAUGCAAGCAGAUACUAAAUUUAUUGAAGAUGAACAAAAAGAUCAUUUAGAGUUCAUCGUAAACGCCCUACCUUCUUAUAGACAACACAGACAGCCGAGAGAUGGACAAGUUGGACUAACGACAAAGUUAGCUAAAGGUGCGGCUGAAAUUGACGAUUGUCAGUCGAUCUGGCAGACACUUAGAUUGCAAGGCGAACGUGAGGGUGAUGAUGUUGUAGUAGAUGAAAACGCAUGGGGAUUCUUCGAUUUUCUAGUCACACUAUGGGAAACACAGGAUAGACUAAAUGGAAAGCCAUAUCACCUUCUGGAUAACCUGCGGGAUUGCAAGCAUGACAUAAGUGAAGCUGUCGACGCGAUCAUCGCGGGAUUUGAGACUCCGACAGAGCUAUCUCCCCUGAGUUGCUCAACAAGCGUCGGAUUCAAAGUCCGUCAAGAUUCUAACAGCCUAUUUGAUUCAAAGAUCGCGUCGGAAUCGCUCCAACGGCGAUCAAUAUCGUCACGCUUAUUAAAUCUAGUAUGA